AUGCAUUUUCUCAUCCUGAUUUGUGUGCUAACCAACUCUCAUUCGGAAAUUGCUGCAAAUGAAUUCCAAGAGCAGAGCAAUUUAGAGACUUAUAUCGUCCAUGUUGAGUUACCUGAUCCAGAUGAUGCUGAAUAUGGCACGAAUGCCAUAACAGGUGAAGAUCUUGAAAGUUUGUACAACUCUUUUCUGCCAACAACUGCUACUACUGCUGCAAUCUCAAAUGCAACACGUCCACAUAUAGUUUACUCCUAUCACAAUGUUUUCAAAGGCUUUGCUGCGAAAUUGUCAGCUGAGGACGUGAAAGAAAUAGAAAAGAAACCUGGUUUCGUGUCAGCACAGCAGCAAACGCUACUAUCAUUAUGUACAACCCACACUCCUAGCUUCUUGGGGUUGCAUCAAAACUUGGGUUUAUGGAAGGAAUCAAAUUAUGGCAAAGGUGUGAUCAUAGGAAUCUUGGACACUGGGAUAGUGCCAGACCAUCCAUCAUUUAGUGAUGAAGGAAUGCCUCCACCACCUGCUAAAUGGAAGGGGAGAUGCGAAUUCAAUGCGUCAGUUUGCAACAACAAACUGAUAGGAGCAAGAUAUUUCCACGAUGGAAAUGGUUCUCCAUUGGAUGAGACUGGCCAUGGUACUCACACAGCAAGCACAGCUGCUGGAAACUACGUCCAAGGUGCAAAUGUAUUUGGAAAUGCUAAUGGAACUGCAGUUGGUAUUGCCCCUCUUGCUCACUUGGCAAUGUAUAAAGUAUGUACAGCAAUUGGUUGUUUUGAGAGCGAUAUUCUAGCUGCAAUGGAUGCAGCUAUUGAGGAUGGGGUUGACAUUAUUUCUGCCUCCCUUGUAGGAGGAGAUUAUCAAUUUUAUGCAAAUAGCUUAUUGCUAGCUGCAUAUAGCGCAAUGGAGAGAGGAAUUUUUGUCAGCUGCUCAGCAGGAAAUGACGGUCCUUCUAAGAGCUCUUUAUCCAAUGAAGCCCCAUGGGUUCUAACUGUUGGUGCAAGCACCAUUGACAGAAACAUAAGGGCAACUGCCGUGCUUGGUAACAAGGAGGAAUUUCAAGGCGAGACAAUAAAUCAGCUAAAGGAUUUUCCACCAACUUUAUUUCCCCUAUUCUACUCAGGCAAGAACCAGGACGAUAUUAAGUCUAAAUAUUGUGCCUCAAAAUCCCUAAAUAACACCGAAGUCCGAGGAAAGAUUGUGGUCUGCAUUGAUGGUGGUACGAUAUCAGGAAUAGAAAAGGGAGAAAACAUCAAGGCUGCUGGUGGUGUUGGCAUGAUCCUCAUUAACCAUAAGAAUGAUGGUUAUACCACAUUUGCUGAUGCUCAUGUUCUUCCAGCAACCGAUUUAAGUUACGCUGAUGGAUUGAAGGUUAUUGCCUAUAUAAACUCCACAGAAUCACCAAUGGCAGCAAUCUCGUUCAAGGGGACUGUCUUUGGAGACAAUCACGCUCCAAUGGUCGCUUCAUUCUCUUCUCGAGGCCCCAGCCGAGCGAGCCCUGGUAUUCUGAAGCCAGACAUAAUUGGCCCUGGUGUAAACAUUCUUGCUGCCUGGCGUCACUCCAUAGAAAACAACACUAACACAAAAUUCAAUGUACUCUCUGGCACUUCAAUGUCUUGCCCUCACCUCAGCGGCGUUGCUGCACUGCUCAAAAGUGUUCAUCCUAAUUGGUCUCCAGCUGCUAUUAAGUCUGCAAUCUUGACCACUGCAGAUCUAGUGAACUGUGCAAAAAACCCCAUUGAGGAUCAGAGGCACCAUCCCGCAAAUAUUUUUGCCAUUGGUUCGGGCCAUGUUAACCCAUCUAAAGCAACCAAUCCGGGUCUUAUUUAUGACAUUGACCCGAAAGAUUACAUACCUUACUUGUGUGGAUUGAACUACACCAACCGGGAGAUUGGUAUACUCUUAAAACGUAAGGUAAACUGUGCAGUAGAGUUGCGAAUGCCAGAAGCGCAACUAAACUACCCUUCAUUUUCAAUCAAUUUUGGAUCACCCGUUCAAAGGUACACAAGGACGGUAACUAACGUUGAUGAAGCUAAUUCAACUUACACUGUUAAAAUUAUACCACCAGCAGGUGUCAAUCUGACAGUCGAACCUACUACUCUCGGUUUCUCACAGGCAAACCAGAAGUUGACAUAUGAAGUCACAUUUACCCUAGUAGCAUCACCGGCUAAAAGUAGAGUGUCUCAAGGAUCUCUAUCAUGGACUUCAACAAAGUUCUCAGUCAGAAGCCCCAUUGUAGCAACUAUCAAUGGAAAGUAG